AUGAAUCCAACUUUCAUUUCUUCUACCACUGCUGGCACCACUGAAAAGCCUGAUGGUGAUCCAGUUAAUCAAUGCUCCAUUAUGCACUCUAUUAAGGGUGCUACUCUCGGUACAACUGAAAAACCCGACGGCGAUCCGAAGACAAGUAAAGGACAUCCUAAAUCUAUUCAUGACUUUGUAAUGGAUGCUCCUCAUUAUUUUGGAUGA